UACGAUCUGUCAGAAAUGACGCGUCUCACGUGGUACUCUUCGGACGACGACAUCAAGAUGUGCAUCGUGAAGGGCAAAGACGAGGACCACUGCCAAAACUACAUCCGAGUGCUGGCGAUACCCUCCCAGGGUUCGUUGUUGAGCUGCGGGACAAAUUCGUUCCGGCCCCUCUGCCGGACGUACAAUAUCAACGGUAACAACUACACGAUGGAGGCGGAAAAGGCCGGUCAGGCGCUGUGCCCGUACGAUCCCACCCACAACUCGACGGCCGUGUUCGUAGAUAGCGAACUGUACUCGGGCACGGUGGCCGAUUUCAGUGGGCUCGAUCCCAUCAUCUACCGCGAGCAUCUACAAACGGAGCAGUACGACAGCCUGAGCUUGAACGCACCCAACUUCGUCGGAUCCUUCACGCAGGGCGACUUCGUGUACUUCUUCUUCCGCGAGACGGCCGUCGAAUUCAUCAACUGCGGCAAGGCAAUCUUCAGCCGAGUGGCGCGGGUGUGCAAGUGGGACCAGGGUGGCCCGAAUCGGUUAAAGAAUCGCUGGACGUCCUACUUGAAAUCGCGCCUCAACUGCUCCAUGCCGGGUGAUUUCCCGUUCUACUUCGACGAAAUACAAUCAACCAGCAACCUCGUUGAGGGUCGGUACGGGCACGCCAACUCCAAGCUCAUCUAUGGCGUUUUUUCUACAGCCCCGAACGCAAUUGCCGGAUCAGCGAUAUGCGCGUUUUCACUGCAGGAUAUCUCGGACACGUUCGAAGGCAACUUCAAGGAACAGAGUGGAUUGAACUCGAACUGGCUGCCGGUAAACCCGCUGAACGUGCCCGAUCCACGGCCCGGCUCAUGCCACAACGACUCCCGGACGCUGCCCGAUCUGACGCUCAACUUCAAAAAGACCCACUCGCUGAUGGACGAAACCGUGCCCGCAUUUUUCGGCUCCCCCAUCCUGACGCGCGUCAGCACACUGUACCGGUUCACCGCCAUCGCUGUCGAUCCGCAAAUUAAAACCCCCGGUGGCAAAACCUACGAUGUCGUGUUCGUCGGUACAGAUCACGGCAAAAUCCUCAAAACGGUUAACGCGGAAUCGGCCGACUCGAACAAGAAGGUUACGUCCGUGGUCAUCGAGGAAAUCGAUGCGCUGCAAACGAACGAACCGAUUCGGACGCUGGAAAUCGUCCGCACGACGCAGUACGACACACCCAAGGACGGCAGUUAUGAUGAUGGAAAAUUAAUUAUAGUCACCGAUACGACCGUGCUGGCGAUCAAGUUGCACCGCUGCAGCAGCGAGAAGAUAACAAGCUGCAGCGAGUGUGUGGCGUUGCAGGAUCCGUACUGCGCGUGGGACAAGAUUGUCGGCAAGUGCCGUUCGCACGGUGCCCCACGGUGGUCGGAGGAGAACGUGUUCUACCAGAGCGUGGCAUCCGGUGACCACGCGGCUUGCCCAUCCGGCAAGAUGGCGAAGGAUGCGAACGUCGUCGAGCGGCAAGGAUACCGAGGUACCUUCCCGUUGCUUUCAGAUUUUGACUACGAUCCGCAACGACCGUCCCGCGAUCAACCGGCCGAUAAGAUACAGUUCAACUCGGAGAACUACAACGACAAGGGACCGCAGAUAACGCCCGACCUGAUCAACGCCCAGUACACGGUGGAGACGCUCGCGAUGGCCGUACUGGCCGGUGUCGUGUUCGCCCUGCUGGUCGGCUUCAUUAUUGGCUACUUCUGCGGCCGCCGGUGCCACAAGGAGGAGGACGACAACCUGCCCUACCCGGACACCGAGUACGAGUACUUCGAGCAGCGCCAGAAUGUUAAUCGGUUCCAUGCUAACGGCCUUGCUUUGCUUUGCGCUUUCAGAAUACAAGCCGAACCGAAGCUGCUGCCGCAGGUCGAAGAAGUAACCUACGCCGAACCUGUACUCUUACCUCAACCGUCUAGUCAGAAUAAGAUGCAGCAUUCGCCAAAAAAUACGUUAAGAAAACCGAUGGGCCAUCAUCAUGGCGUCAACUCGGAAACGUUGUUCCAGUUCCAGCCGGAUAGCUACAACAACGCCCGCGACAACUAUCGAGGCCGGGACAACUUCGGCACGUUAAGGUCGCACCAGGUACGUUUGGGUGAUAAUUAUCGUCGCGGUGACGGAUUUUCAACGACAAGAAGUGUCAAAAAAGUCCUUAAUUCAAACACUCGUAACAGAAGUCUCGGCCGUAUGAAAAGGCAGCCGCCCCGACAUGGCAUGGUAACACAACAUCGUUCCGACAGUCCACACCAUUCCAGCUCCGGAUCUUCCCCUGUCAUGUCCAACAGUAGCUCCAGUCCUGCGCCACCAUCCAGCAGUCCAAGUCCACAGGAAAGCCCCAAGAACUGCAGUUACAUCUACCGGGAUUGAUUAAGACACGUGCCCCAGCAGCAGCAGCAGCAACAGCAACAUCUACAUCUUGCACCGACGACGAGCAAAUCCCAUCCGGCACUCGUCGUGCUUGACAGCGGCGCCGCAGCUGGUGGCGAUGGUGGUGUAUUUCACCCUUCUGGUAACGGCAGUAUAAACCACGGCCGUACCGUUCCUCACGGCGUUA